CUCCCGUGUGUGACCCGUUGCCGCAUGUGAGCAAAGGAGGAGGGACGGCGCCGGGGCCCCAGUGUGGCGGCGGCGACAGGAGGAGGAGGAGCGGGAGCUGCGGAGCGGCGUGUCCUCCCCCCCCGGGCCCGGAGCCUCAUCACCGGCCCUGCCGGCCGCCCCCCAUGCCCGUGUGGUGCUGCCGCUGCGCCUUGGCCGGCCACUUCAGAAGUUACAGCAGCCCUGAAACUGAAGGACAGCUUUUGAAUUCCUUCGUCCAGUAUUUUGGUGACAGCCUUGGGAGGAAGAUUAAAAGAAUGCCUUUAAUAGAAGAAACUGUUCUGCCUGGGGACUCCCUCCUUACUCUGCCUGUAGUAAUAAUAGGAAAUGGACCUUCGGGAAUUUGUCUGUCUUACCUGCUCUCUGGCUACAGGCCAUAUUUAUCUCCUGAAGCGAUACACCCCAACCCCAUCCUACAUACCAAAUUAGAAGAAGCUCGACAUCUGUCCAUUGUUGAUCAGGAUCUGGAGUACCUGUCUGAAGGCCUCGAAGGACGCUCUUCAAACCCAGUUGCGGUGCUUUUUGAUACCUUGCUUCAUCCCGACGCUGACUUUGGGUAUGACUACCCACCAGUUUUGCACUGGAAGCUGGAACAACAUCAUUAUAUUCCCCAUAUAGUGCUUGGUAAAGGACCACCUGGUGGGGCUUGGCAUUCCAUGGAAGGCUCUAUGCUAACCAUCAGUUUUGGAGACUGGAUGGAGUUGCCUGGGCUCACCUUUAAGGAGUGGGCAGCCAGCAAACGCAGAAAUAUAAAGAGUGAUCGAGUAAUGCCAGAGGAAAUAGCUCGGUAUUAUAAACACUACGUUAAAGUCAUGGGCCUCCAGAAGAAUUUCAGAGACAACGUUUACAUAACGUCAGUGUCCAGGCUUUACCGAGGAAAGGAGGAUGAAGAUGGGAGUGAAAUAGAUGAAGGUAUUUCAACGCAGCGUUUGGAAAUGGAAGAUGGACAGAAAUCACUGAUUAAGAGAAACUGGGAAGUCAGAGGUUACCAGCGAGCGACAGACGGGUCUCAUGUCCCCUUCUGCCUCUUUGCUGAGAACGUGGCUCUGGCCACGGGCAGCUUUGAUUCUCCUGCCCGGCUGCAGGUUGAAGGAGAAGACUUUCCUUUCGUGCUCCAUUCCGUGUCUGACUUUGGAGCUGCUGUCAGCAAAGGGCAGUUCCGUGGGCAGGCAGACCCCGUGUUAAUUGUGGGGGCAGGACUGAGCGCGGCCGACGCGGUGCUGUGUGCCCACAACAACAACAUCCCCGUCAUCCACGUCUUCCGCAGGAGAGUUACCGACACCGGCCUCAUUUUCCAACAGCUCCCCAAAAAGCUUUACCCCGAGUACCAUAAGGUUUAUCACAUGAUGUGUACUCAGUCCCACCCCGUGGACUCCGGUCUGCGUUCUGCUUACACCAGCUUUCCUGAACACAAGGUACUUUCCUUCAAGCCUGAAAUGAAAUGUGUUCUUCAGAGUGCCUCCGGACUGAAGAAAAUUGUCAAGUUUUCUCUAGCCUUAGUUCUGAUAGGUUCUCACCCCAAUCUUUUCUUUCUGAAGGACCAAGGGCAUAGCAUAGGGCAUCACUCUAACCAGCCCAUCACGUGCAAGGGGAAUCCUAUAGAGAUUGACCCAUACACUUACGAAUGCACCAAAGAAGCCAACCUCUUUGCUUUGGGUCCUCUGGUGGGAGACAACUUUGUGCGGUUUUUAAAGGGAGGCGCGCUGGGCAUCGCGCGCUGCUUGGCCAUAAGACAAAAGAAGAAACAGGAAUUGCUGGAAGGUGGGGAUGGAGGAGGUGAUGGGGUACCAUAAAUGAGCCUUUAGAAGCUUUCCCAUACAGAGUUACCAGACGUAGUCUAACAGGACACUCCCUGACAGCCAGAGUUGGUAGCAGUCCCAUUUCUGUUGUGUACGAGUAACCUGCGCUUGUAUCGCUUGGUAAAGGAUGCUGAUACUACAAUAUUUCACCUUUGCACAAUACAAAAAACAAAAAAAAUUUGAUCUGCUGUUACAACUGAGACUACUUAACUGGAAUGAAUGACUUCCAGAUAAAACAGAAAAUGAGACUAACUUAACAUUGACCUGCCUGUCAUCUCUUGCUCAGCUGAAAGAGCAGACUUCCUCUGGCCUACCAGAGUGGCUUUACAUCUUUAGUGUCAAACGUGACAAAAGAUUCUUGCCAUGAAAUUAAAGUAACUUGUAAAAGCAGAAAGCUUGCUUACUACAAUGUGAUUCUUGGUCCCAGAGCAAAUUGGGAGCCUUCUGCUUGAAACAAGGAUUUUAUUUAUUUGCCAUAGUAAUACUUGGAAUGAGCACUUAGUAAAAUGGAUUUUGCUACAAGAAGGAUUUCUGUAAGCAAGAAGUAGUCCUCAACACUUAUAAAUUAUCCUGUUUGAUAAUUGGAAUAAAAGAGUAAGCAUUCCCAUUUAAUCUUUUAACACAUGAUUUGACAGGGUCCAUUCAUGUUUUUUUCACACUCUGCCUAGAGUUGGGUGAGUGCAGAAAGACUAACAGGAGAUGUUCCCCGACAGCAACAUGUACAUUUCUGAGAAUACUCAUUAACAUAAACAAUAAAGUACUGAUGUAAGUGCUCUUA